AUGGGUUCUUCGUUACAAUCUCAAGAUACGAAGAUCAAGGGAAUGGUCAAGCAAGUUGUUACUGAUGUUCAUUAUAGACUUGAGCAAAACAUGAAGUCAUUUAAGUUUGAUGUCUUAGAGUUUCAAACAGUUGCAAUAGAGAGGUAUACACUGAAUGAGAAGAGUCUGUCAGAUGUCAAGGCAUCAACUGAACUUAAAGUUCAAAAAAUUCAUGAUCUCAUUACCUCAAAAGUGAAGAAGAUUUAUGUUGAAGAUAUUCGAGAUUUUAAUGUUGAUUAUAAAACUAAACUGGAGAAGAAUGUUGAUAAAGAUGGAGAAGUGUUUAAAGAUAUUGAGACUUCUCUUAAUACUUUUCAAGAACACAUCUCCAAGCUUACAGCCAACUCGACAUCUUUGAUGUUUGAUGCGAAUAAUGCCAAGGAUGUAUUAGAAGCUUGUUUUAAAUCCCAUAUUGCACCAAUUCUUGAUUUGGUAUUUCGACUUCCCACAAAUUCUCCACGUGCAAUGCAAGUGUCACAAGCAGGAGAAAGGGGUGGGUCGUCGAAAAUGGGAGGCGAAGAUAAAGGGAAAGUUGUUGGGAAGGUAUUCUCUCAUCAUAUUCAAACUCUAAUUCUUGCUAAACUAGUUUGUAUGAUGGCAACAAUUGUCGCCCCAAAUGUCAAAGUUGAUAUGACCAAGCUUCAGUAA